AUGGACAGCUUGACGGACAGACGGGUGGACGGACAACGGACGGACAGAUGGAAACGGAGGAUAGACGGACGAACGGACAGACAGGAGGACGGACGCACAGUCGGACAAACACAUGGGGAUAAAUGA